AUGGCGAUGGAGGAGGAGUACGGCCAAAUAACAGAGCAAGGCGUCGAAAAGAGCGCUACAACAGAGAACACGUCGCCUCUUGAGAAGCUUCCACUCAGCAAAUUCGCAGCUUACCGAACAAUGUCUCAGCUUCUCAUCAGACUCUCCAAGAUCUGUCACCGGAACAAUGCCGGCCUACUCCGUUCGUUCUCUUCGUCGUCUCCGUACCUGACUCUUGGCCCUAAUAUUAAGGAAGACCUAGGAGACGGCAGAGGCAUCGGAGAAGUCCUCUUCUUUGAUCCGGCCAAGGAAGAGUUAGUGACUGUCUCUGACAAAGUUAUCCCCGACGAGCUACAUCCAUAUUCACUACUCGGAAGUGCUCAGGGAUGGGGUUUUUUCUCCUCUGACCGUUCCUUGUGGAUGAGCGACCUUUACCAUCCAUCGGCUUCCAAAUCUAACCCUAAGAUGAUUCCUCUGCCUCCGCUCACUACUCUGCCCUUCAGCCAAACCGAACUAGCCAAGAACGUGGCAGUGUCCUGUGAGGAAGAAGAAGAAGAAGGCUUUGUAGCUGCGAUCAAGUUCUUGGGGACUCGAAUCUGUCUCCUUGUACAACUCGAAUCUGUCUUGCUCACCGAGAGACCAUUGCUUCUACUUGCCUAG